GGACCAGUCGCUGAAGUUAGAGGCGCAGGACAGUCUGACUGCUCGCCAUGGAGAUGUCCGCUAAACUUAUCGUUCCCAUCGUGGUGAUCUCCAUGCUGGUCGCUCGCAGUCCGACGGAGGCAUGGUACAAGCAGGUGGCCCGUCCAAGCUACUACUCCGUGGGCAGGGCUUCCGGCUUGCUGUCCGGUAUCCGGAGGUCACCGUACGUCAGGAGAGCCGAACUGGGCCAGUCAGACAGCGAAGAGUCUGCGACCAACACCCUGUUUUCUGAAUUAACUCCGCAGAGUUUCAUCCUGAAGAUGAUGCCUGUUUGUAUCAAAUACAUUACACCAAACCUGCAGAGCUGUGAAGUCUUCCAGGACAUCAAGGGUUCAUUCAAGUGCAAAGCAGACAUCUUCCUCUCUCUGGACCCCUCAGACUGUGCAGGAGACUGAGCAGGAGAGCCGACAGCUGGGCUGGAUGAUGAAGCCUACUUCUUGAAGGCAUGACAUUUAAAAAAACUGUACAUUAUAAUAUCAAGUUUAA